AUGUGGGUGGCCCUGGGCAUGGUCUGGCUCCUAGCACUUGGGGGACUUCACCAGGCCUGGAGCUUCUGUCCCUCUCAAUGCAGCUGCAGCCUGCACAUCUUGAGUGACGGCAGCAAGGCCAGGACAGUGGUGUGCAGCGACCCUGACUUGACCCUGCCCCCAGCUUCAAUUCCUCCGGACACCUGCAGGCUGCGCCUGGAACGAACCGCGAUCCGCAGGGUGCCUGGAGAGGCCUUCAGGUCUCUCAGCCACCUGGAGCAGCUAUGGCUGCCUUACAACGCUCUCAGCGAGCUCAGCGCCCUCAUGCUCAGGGGGCUGCGCCGCCUAAGGGAGCUGCGUCUGCCUGGGAACCGCCUGGCUGCUUUUCCCUGGGCGGCGCUCAGGGAUGCUCCACAGCUACAGCUGCUGGACCUGCAGGCCAAUCGCCUAUUGACAUUGCCACCUGAGGCUGCGCACUUCCUGGAAAACCUUACUUUCCUGGACCUCUCCAACAACCACCUGAUGAGGCUUCCUCUGGAGCUGCUGGACACCUGGACUCACCUGAAGACGGGACCCUUCCUUUCCGGCCACCGUGCCCGACUAGUCCUAGGGCUUCAGGACAACCCCUGGGUAUGUGACUGUCGACUCUAUGGCCUAGUUCAUCUGCUAGAAGGCUGGACUUUAAACUUGGUCUUCAUCGAGCCUAGACUGAGGUGCGCCAGCCCACGCACCCUGGCUGGGGUGGCCUUCAGCCAGCUGGAGCUGAGAAAGUGUCAGAGCCCAGAGCUCCGUCCAGGGGUGACCAGCAUCAUGUCGCCCUUGGGUAGCACAGUAUUGCUACGCUGUGGAGCAACGGGGAUCCCAGGUCCUGAGAUGAGCUGGAGGAGAGCCAAUGGGCGCCCACUCAAUGGCACAGUGCACCAGGAAGUUUCCAGUGAUGGCUCAAGCUGGACUUUGCUGGAUCUGCCUGUUGUGUCUCUCUUCGACUCUGGAGACUACAUCUGCCAGGCCAAGAACUUUCUAGGGGCUUCUGAAACUCUUAUCUCCUUGAUUGUCACUGAACCCCAGACUUCUACAGAAUAUAGUGGGGUUCCGGGGGCCCUGUGGCCAAGGACAGGAGAGGGGGCAGAAGCUGCUGCUUACAACAACAAGCUGGUGGCCAGGCAUGUCCCCCAUAUUCCGGAACCCGUAGCUCUGGCUACCAAGCCCUCGGCGCCCAGCGUACAGGAGGAGUUGGAGCUCCAGCACUUUCAGAUGGAUGUCCCAGGAGAGUUCUCCAGAGAGCGAGCAGAACACCAGGGAGCCCAGAUGGUCAGGUCUCUCAAGGUGGUGGGAGAUACUUACCACAGUGUGUUGCUGGUGUGGAAGGCCCCUCAAGCUGGGAACACGACGGCCUUUAGCGUCCUUUAUGCGGUCUUUGGGCAGCGUGACAUGCGAAGGAUGACUGUGGAGCCUGGGAAGACUAGUGUCACCAUCGAGGGGCUUGCUCCAAAGACCAAGUAUGUGGCAUGUGUCUGUGUGCGGGGCCUGGUGCCUACGAAGGAACAGUGCGUCAUCUUCUCUACUGACGAGGUGGUAGAUGCGGAGGGCACCCAGCGGCUCAUCAACAUGGUGGUGAUCAGCGUGGCAGCCAUCAUCGCCCUGCCUCCCACCCUCCUGGUUUGCUGUGGGGCUCUCCGAAGACGCUGCCACAAGUGCCGCACUGGGGGCUCCGCGGAGACGUCCGGUGCCUAUGUUAAUUUGGAAAGACUGGGCCACAGCGAGGAUGGCUCAGAGGAGUUGUCCCGGAGCAGCCUCAGUGAGGCGGACAGGCUUCUCUCAGCGCGCUCCAGCCUGGACUCGCAGCUCUUAGGAGUCAGGGGUGGCAGACGCAUCAAUGAGUACUUCUGCUGA